AUGGCUUCCCCUGGUAUCGACCCCGAGGUUGCCAAUCUACUUGAAUCCGCCAGUGACGAUGAACUCCUUGCUUUUGCCGAACUAUACGAAGAUGGCGAGGAUGAGACAACCAUUCUACUUUCAGUAUGUGCUUUGUUCCAUGCUUUCAACAGGUUAGGCAACAGCGAAUACCUCGUUCGUGCCCGUGCUCGCUCGGAACAGCUAUUAGCUAUGACGGCCAACGACAGUCCAUUUUGGGAUGGACGCAACCAGAUCUUGUCCGCAAUGACGGCGAGGCUAAGUGAACUGGAAGAAGAGCAAGAGCAGAUAGCUGACCUGGCCGUCACCAUGGGUCUGAAUGUCGAUGCUGUCGCGAAUGAGCCAGUACCGAAGCAGCUGGAUCUUUUCAUCGAGCAUGCGAAAACCCAAGCCGAAGCUGUACCUCAAGGAGACACAAACCGCCGUGACUUGGUGAUGCAAUACUAUAUGCUUCUCGAGAGCCGCUAUAAUGGGACUCGCACGCUGUCCGAUCUGGAACAACUCAUCCAACUUGGAGAAGAGCUGCUUGAAUUGCCCUCCGAUGAUCCGAAAUGGCAGCACGCGUGGCUGAUCCAGCUUACCAAAUGGAACGGGGAACGAUAUUUCUUCCAUGGGCAACGACGGCCUGAAGACUUCCACCGUGCUGUGGAUAUGACAAACCGACUUAUGGCAUCUGCUCCUUCAGAGUUCCGGCUUCAGGCCAUGGAUAGUGGCGUACAAGGUACCUAUGAGGCAUUGGCGGCCACCGCCUUGGAUGAUCCUGAUCGCAAUUCUUACUUGGUAUCUCUCGGAACCUAUCUUCUUGCUCGAUGUAAUGAGACUGGGGCUGUAGAGAAUGUAGACCAAGCCAUUGAAGCCAUGAGCCCGGCAUUGGAUGACAUGGUAGCCGGACACACGGACCAGCUACAGUUCAUUGAGGUUUACACGAAGUGUCUUUACAAGCGAUUUGCAAUGACCCAGACCUUAGAUAAUCUAGAUAGAGCUAUAGAACUAGCCAAAGUGGCUUUGAAUGGAACUCAAUCACCACAGCUCUCCGGCCAGUUGAGUCUCUACCUUGCUGAACGCUUUCGACACACAAGAACAAUUGGCGACUUUCAUGAAGCUAUUGACAUUAUCAGGGCAACUCUCAGACAGCCAAGAAACGAAGAGACCGAGAUGCUUAACCGGCUAUUUACUUUCGGAGGUUUUUCGGGGUCUUCGCCUCAGCACAGCGGAAAUUCAGAUUUAGCAAGACAAGUCAUCGACAUUCUACAGCAGGCCUUCGAAAACUCGCCAACUGGGCACACCCUGCGACCGUGGUUCCUGCUAAUACUAGGUCUUUGGUAUGGCAGAAAACAUCUGGAAGGGGAGAUAGACGAUUUCACUCUUGCUGCUUCUACAGUAGAGGAGGCCCUAGCAAUCUCUCCCUCUGAUAACACUUGUCAAGCUGCAUGUUGGAACAGUCUUGGUCAGCUACUGAGCGAGCGAUUUGAGCAACUUGGAUCAUUGGAUGACAUCGACCAAGCAGUCCAAUAUGCCAAAAAGGCAAGCGAAAGCGCACCCCAUGAUCAUGUUGAGAGACGACAGGCGGCUUGCAAUAUUGGAAUCUGGACGAACCUGCGAGCUCGAGCGACGGAGUCGUAUGAAGAUGUUGACGCCGCUGUUGAAGCGCUGAAGGGCGCUGUCAGCUCCAUCCAUUUUACUGAUCAUGACUACUACACCUGCUUGUUUUCCCUGAUUUUGAGACUAGGCACGAGAUACGAUACCCGCGGAUCACUUCAAGAUCUUCACGCUUCAAUAGACAUACUCUCAAGAGCCUUAGAACACUUGCCUUCCAUUGAUCGGUACCGCACUACUAUACUUGCCACUAUCGGUGAGCUUCUGUGCAAACGAUACAUAAAGAUAGGAGCCGUGGAGGAUCUUGACCGUGCAAUGGAGUUGACUACGAUAGUCAUGCACGAGUAUCCCGCGGGUAGUGAGGAGCAUACCAUCUGCCUCGCCAAUCUUUCCUGGCAGCUUGCUCAUCGCCCGGGCACUGGAAACGGGGACCAACUUGACCGUGCCAUAGAGGCUGCACGAGCCGCAUUCGACGCCACGUCUGAUGGAGACAGGUUCUUUUACAUACGAGCCGGCAUUCUUGCAGAAAUGUUUCAGUCCCGCUAUGUAAGAGAUCGAAUAAUUGACGACCUCGACGAGGCCGAACUCUUUGCAAAUGUCUCAGUAGCCACCGCGCCUUCAGGUGGCAAGGAGAAGGCCUGGAGGCUCUACAGCCUUGCAAAUAUUCUUCGAGAUCGGGCGGUUUUGUCGACCGAAUGGGAGGAUCUCGACAAGGCCAUUGAAACGGCGAGGGAAUCGGCGAGCUUGUCGGGGGUGGAUGACCGCCUCCGAGCUCUUUUCCUCAAAAACUUGGCAAACUUGCUUGCCGAGAGAUAUCCAGGAUGUAUGUCGCCGGCUCAUGAAGCCCAUGCGUCUAUUCUCGGCGUGGUGAAGGCCGGCUGGGAUUGUAGUAAGAAAGCCGAUCCAAGCACUCGCAUUCACCUGGGCCUUACUGCAUCUUUCUACAUGACAGGCAAUGCUGACUGGGUGUCUGCCUGCGCCAUCUUGGAGGAGGCUAUUCAGCUUGUUCCCCUUCUGAGCCCCAGAAUCCUUAGCAACACGGACAAGGAGCUUGGGCUGAGAGAGUUCAGCGGCGUCGCUUCCAUUGCCGCCGCCGUGGCCUUGAAUGCGGGCAAGAGCCCUGGCCAAGCACUGCAGAUGCUUGAGCUCGCUUCUGGAGUCAUCACUGGGUUGCUCACGGAGAUGAGGUCGAGCACUGACGAGCUCGAGAGGAAGCACCCACAACUAGCAGCAAGGUUCAUACAGUUGCGAGACCAACUAGACUCAGACCCAACGUUGACCGAUCUAUCGUUAGACAUUCGUGAUCAAAAUAGAUCCUUGUCGUGUCUGAACACGCGAUAUGAGCUGGACGAAUCACUCAGCGACGUCAUCCAACAAAUAAGAGGACUCGCUGGAUUCGAGAGAUUCCUGCUGCCACUGACUCCCGAGGACAUGAUGACCAUCGCGAACCAGGGGCCGGUGGUCGUUCUCAGUGUCAGCGCUCACCGCUGCGAUGCCUUCAUCAUCAAAGCUGACAGUAUCGCUGUAUUGAAUUUGCCGGAUCUGAAUAUAGAGGAUGCGCAUCGCAUGGAUGAAGCUUUGACGUCAAAUACAGCCUGCGUUCUUGAAUGGCUAUGGGCUGCCAUUGCAGAGCCUGUCUUGAGCUAUCUAGAGUACAAUCAAACCCCGUCAGAUGGUGACUGGCCUCACAUAUGGUGGAUUCCUGGAGGAUUCCUCGCGCGGUUUCCUAUUCACGCUGCCGGCAACCAUGCCAACGGCUCAAAGGAAACUGUCCUCGAUAGAGUUGUCUCGUCGUACUCUACCUCCCUCAGAGCCCUUGCCUAUGGCCGACGACACCAUGUCCGACGCCGCAGUGACACCAAAGCCCAGUACGCACUUCUGGUCGCAAUGCCUGAGACACCUGGCCAGUCAGCCCUCCCAUUCGCUUCGAAAGAGGUGGACAUGCUCCGUGAGCUGUGCCCCUCGCUGCAUUUACAGCAGAUUGAACUAGCUCAACCCACCAAAGCCCAACUCCUGAAACAUCUGAAGGACUGCCAGAUUUUUCAUUUUGCCGGUCACGGGCUUUCCGACAAUGAAGAGCCGUCUGAAAGCUGUCUCCUACUCGAGGACUGGGCCAACAAUCGGCUUACUGUAGGGAGUCUCCGCGACCUCAAGCUACAAGAAAACGCACCAUUCCUCGCCUACUUAUCCGCGUGCUCAACGGGAGCGAAUACCGCCAGAAGACUUCAGGAUGAAGGAAUCCAUCUCAUCAACUCGUGCCAGCUUGCAGGGUUUCGUCAUGUCAUUGGCACACUCUGGGAAGUCUCGGACUUUCACUGCGUUGAGAUUGCUAGAAGCUUCUACAAAUUUAUUCGCGAUCAUGGUAUAUUAGAUCAUGCUGUAGCCCUUGGGUUGCACAUGGCCAUGAGGAAACUACGGGACAUGGACAGAGAACCUGUGACGACCAGUAUAGUUAAAAGCGAGAGAGACGCAGUCCGCAGGAGACGUCGGAAGAGGGAUAUGGCGUGGUACUGGGUCCCGUACGUCCACUUUGGAGUAUAG